GCGCGCAGAAACACGACAGGCGAGAAUGGAGAUCUGCUGAAGCUCAACUUCUCUCCUCCCCAGCCGGCACUGUGCCCAGGGCGCACCGGGAGGAGGGACCAGGAUCUGGUACCCAGGCGCAGAUACUGACACCAAAGGAAUCGGGUACCACCCCCCACGCCAUGUGGGACCCCGGGAGCCCGGCUGCAUUAUCCCAGCUGCCAGGUGGCCCUGGCCUCAGUCCUGGCCAGGCGGAGAUUCUGCAGACAUUCAGGUCCCAAAUGCAAGCUGCCCCCCACCCCUCAAUUUAUGAGGCUGUGGCAACCUAAAAGAGGGAUUGGUUUCGCCACUGAGCCCUGAGGCCUCUUCCAGCCACCACCCCCACACCCCUAGCCUUCCUCGGCAGGUGCCAGUCCCGGCUCCAUCAGUGCUCUUAUCCCAGCCGCAGCUAUGCUGCAUACCGAGGGCCACGCUCUUCUUCGGGCUGUGGGUCAGGGUAAACUACGCUUGGCCCGUUUGCUUCUGGAGGGAGGUGCCUACGUUAAUGAGGGUGAUGCCCAGGGGGAGACUGCGUUAAUGGCGGCUUGUCGGGCCCGCUACGACGACCCCCAGAACAAGGCGCGUAUGGUACGCUACCUUCUGGAGCAAGGCGCAGACCCCAACAUCACAGACCGCCUAGGGCGUACAGCGCUCAUGCACGCUUGCGCUGGGGGUGGGGGAGCCGCAGUAGCCUCGCUGCUCCUUGCCCAUGGAGCAGAUCCCUCAGUUCGAGAUCACACGGGCGCCUCGGCACUAGUCCACGCCCUGGACCGUGGGGACCGCGAGACCCUUGCCACGCUGCUGGACGCCUGUAAGGCCAAGGGCACGGAGGUCAUCAUCAUCACCACCGACACCUCGCCCUCCGGCACCAAGAAGACCCGGCAGUAUCUCAAUUCCCCACCAUCCCCGGGGGUAGAGGACCCCACUCCCUCUCCUCCUGGCCCUGGGGUCUGCACGUCGCCUUCGGAAAUCCAACUGCAGACUUCAGGAGGAGGACAGGGUUUGUUAUCCCCUCGCACCCAGGAAGAAGAGGAGAAGCGAGACGUAUUUGAAUUCCCUCUCCCUAAGCCCCCCGAUGACCCUUCCCCUUCUGAGCCGCUCCCCAAACCACCCCGUCACCCUCCCAAACCUCUCAAAAGGCUCAACUCCGAGCCCUGGGGCCUAGUGGUUCCUCCUACCCCAGUCCCGCCCACAGAAGGGAGGCUGGGGAUAGAGCGCCUGACCUCCGAAUUUAACGGCCUGACCCUGGCUUGUCGACCUCGUCUUUCCAGACGUCACAGCACCGAGGGCCCGGAGGACCCGCCCCCAUGGGCAGAGAAAGUGACGGGUGGGGGUCCCCUCUCACGCAGAAACACUGCGCCAGAAGCUCAGGAGUCUGGACCUCCUUCAGGGCUGAAGCAAAAACUGAGCCGCAUGGAGCCGGUAGAGCUCGAUGCCACUGGAAAUCUUUGCCCUGACUCGCCGGAGUGCUGCCGCCUGUCUUUGGAGCGCCGCCGAUACAGCGCCUCCCCGCUGACUCUCCCUCUAGCAGGUUCGGCUCCUUCCCCACGCCAGUCCCAGGAAAGUCUGCCUGGGGCUGUGUCUCCGCUGAGUGGGAGAAGGCGGAGCCCGGGGCUGCUGGAGCGGAGGGGCUCGGGAACGUUGCUUCUGGACUACAUCUCGCAAACGCGGCCAGGUUUCCUACCUCCGCUCAAUGUUAGCCCCCACCCUCCCAUCCCCGAUAUUCGCCCCCAACUUGGAUGUCGGGCGCCUUCGCUGCCCGCUCCUCCCCAGGCGGGGGCGCCAGGUUCUCCCAGGACCAAGCGCAAAUUGGUGAGGCGCCACUCCAUGCAGACGGAACAGAUUCGCCUACUAGGGGGCUUCCAGAGUCUAGGCGGGUCAGGGGAGCCAGGGCGCUGA